UUAACUUUGCAGACUCCUAGAACGUGGCGUUGGAUGCUUGGGGUAGCCGGACUUCCGGCAUCGGUUUGGAUCGUUUUAAUGUUGACCUUACAUGAGUCACCGAGGUGGUUGUACAACCAGGGGAAAGAAAAGGAGUCAAGGAAAAUCCUAGAAAAGAUUUACAAAGCAGACGAGAUUGAAGGGGAGAUAAAAGCGAUGAGAGAAGCUGUAGAACAAGAGAAGCAAGAGGAAGGGUUGAUCGGUCAAACUCUUAGAGAGAAAAUGAAGGCUGCUUUCAGCAACGUUGCUGUUCGAAGAGGAUUGUAUGCAGGCGUGACUGCUCAAGUGGCUCAACAAUUUGUUGGCAUCAACACCGUCAUGUAUUACAACCCAACCAUUGUUCAAUUUGCCGGCAUUGCAUCAAAAUCUACCGCACUUGCACUCUCCCUCGUCACAUCUGGUCUCAACGUCGUUGAAUCUAUUCUCAGCAUGCUGUGCAUCCAUAAAUAUGGAAGGAGAAAGCUCAUGCUCCUAUCCCUUAUUGCAAUCAUCAUUUGCGUUCUCACUCUCAUCGGAGUUUUCUUUCAGGCAGCUACCACCGCUCCUCCAAUUAACAACAUUGACACCCUCAGUUUCGGUGCUAAUGCUACAUGCCAGGCUUAUCUUGAUGCCUCCAAUGUCUCUUCAUGGAACUGCAUUAAAUAUUUGAAAGCUGAAUGUGCCUUCUGUGCCAGCACUGGGGGCAAUGUAAGUUCAUCACUUCCAUUUGUUUCAACUUAUAUCUAUGUAUUAGUCUAAUAUAAUCUAACGUAAUCAAUGAACAUGAUGCAACAUCUUCCGGGAGCGUGUCUGGCGGAAACAAAAGAAGUCAGAGCGGUGUGCGGUGAGCAAAUGCGUGUGUGGUUUUAUGAUGGAUGCCCAAGCAAAAUUGGAGUGCUUGCAGUUAUAGUGUUGGGACUAUAUAUCCUAGCGUACUCUCCUAGAAUGGGAACAGUGCCUUGGGUCUUGAACUCAGAGAUUUAUCCAUUAAGAUUCAGGGGGAUUUGUGGAGGCAUAGCAGCAGUUUCAAACUGGUUUGCUAAUCUCAUAGUGAGUUUGACAUUCUUGUCACUCAUCCAUGCACUUGGGGCUGCAGGAACAUUCCUCCUCUUUGCUGGGUUUUCCACAAUUGGGCUCGUUGCCAUCUAUCUAUUGGUACCAGAGACCUCAGUUUGAAGAGGUUGAAAAGUUGCUUCAGAAAGGGUUCAACCUUUGCGAUUGCACCAAUCCAAAGACAGAUGAAGAGAAAGCAAGUACUCGUAAUUAAAUAAAACGAUAUGAUAUGAUGAAGCUGUUAGUUCUCUUUCUCCAUGUAUGGAGAGUUGUAUCCAACACAUUAAAUAAGAAAAGAGCACGUUGUAUGAAUACAUUUAUUUUUGUUUUCUCUACACAUUUAGCUUUUUUUUUGAAUGGAUUCCUCAAAAAUAAUCUAAAUUGUGUAUUAACAUCACUGUAUGUUCUGUUUUUUCAUUAAAAAAAUUCACAAAACAUUGUUGUUACAUAAUUAACCCUUUUUUCUAGUGACGAAUACUACCACCAUAACAAUACAAAAUAUUAAAAUAGUCAAAUAUUUUUGUAUUUCACACAAAAAUUACGAAUAUAUAAAGAAUUCAACCUCUUAUUUAUUCUAUUUAUUUUUACUAUUAGAUUAAAAAGUGAUCAUACAAAAAGAGAAUACAAUUUUUUUUAGGAAAAUAAAACUUUCUCAUAUAUACAUUAGAAGGUU